AUUUCGCUUUCUCGCGUCCGUCCAUCGCUUCUUCCUUGUCAUCCCUUAAUCCUCCAAUCUCUUUCCUACCCAAUCAACCACGACGCAUGCCGCCUCGCAGGACAAGAGCAGCCCAAAAAGCAGAGGAGGAGGACGCUGCGCAGCCGGAGGCAGAAGUCGAGGCUGUCCCUGAUGAGGCAGGACCUAGUACAAGGGCGAAGGCGCAGCAGGCUAGUCCACCUCGCAAGAGAUCGAGGAGGAGUGACCAAGCGCAGACUGAGCAGCCAGACGAUGGUGCAGCGAAGCCAUCAGCCAUUGCAGAUGAGCCUCCGCCCCCGCCUGCGCCAAUAGACGAGCCUCCGCCCCCGCCGGCUCCGGUAGACGAGCCCCCGCCGCCACCACCGGAAGAGGUAGCGCCUCCUCCCCCUCCUCCAGCCGACUUUGCGCCUCCGCCCCCACCGCCCAUCGAUCCAGCAGCUGAUAGCGAUGGCGGAGAGGAAGAAGAGAUUCAAGACGCAGAGUAUUGGGAGAGGAUAGCGAGGGAGCAGAAGCAGAAGGACGAGGAGCGAGUCAAAGACCUUUACCUCGAGACGAUCAAUCGCAAUCUUCUCGACUUUGACUUCGAGAAGCUCUGCAGCGUGUCCCUCUCCAACAUCAACAUAUACGCCUGCCUAGUCUGCGGCAAGUACUUCCAGGGCAGAGGCAAAUCAUCUUACGCCUACUUCCAUUCGAUAGACGAAGGCCAUCGCGUCUACAUGAACCUGGAGACGUCCAAGUUCUACAUCCUCCCAGACAACUACGAAGUCGACUCGCCUGCGCUGAGCGAUAUCCGAUACCUGCUUCACCCGACCUACUCGACGCAGCAGAUUAAGCGCCUUGAUGCGCCGGACUCUCGUCCUUCGCUGGAUCUGCAGGGCAAGACGUACCGCCCCGGCUUCGUGGGGCUGAAUAAUGUGGGCGGGAAUGACUACAUCAACGUGGUGCUCCAAGCAUUGGCGCACGUCACGCCUAUCCGCAACUACUUUCUCGCCGGCAAGCUGCGUGCUGAUGAGCAACACGAACAAGGCACCGCAGGCGUCAACCUCGCCCUUACCAACUCCAGCGAGCUUGUCCGCCGCUUCGCCGCCCUGGUCCGCAAGCUCUGGAACCCUCGAGCAUUCAAAGCGCAAGUCUCCCCUCACGAGUUCCUUCAGGAGGUCAACAGCGUCUCCAAAGGCCGCUUCCGUCUCAUGGAGCAGGGGGAUCCCGUCGACUUUCUGGGCUGGCUGCUCAAUCAGCUGCACAUGGACCUCACCCACCAACACAGGAAGAGGCCGAGCGUCGUCUCCACCUGCUUCCAAGGGGAGGUCCGCAUAGAAAGUCAGAAGGUGUACGUGCGUACGGGACUGGAGGCAGAUGAUGAUUUGCCUCAAGAAGCUGUGGACAAGCUAGACUCUGAUGGGCGCAAAGAGGGUGGACAAGAGGACGAGCACGGCAAUGCCAAAUUCAACCUCACCCGUGACGUUCAGGUCGCUCGCUCCCCGUUCUUCCUACUCGCGCUGGAUCUCCCCCCACCACCGGUAUUCCAGGACGCUCAGGAGAAGAACAUCAUCCCUCAAGUCUCCAUCGCAUCUCUGCUCGCCAAAUACGACGGCGUCUCCUUCCAAGAAGCUCGCGGGAUGAUCCGACGAUACAAGAUUGCUCGUCUCCCUCCCUACGUAGUUCUGCACUUCAGGCGCUUCACGAGGAACAAUUUUGUCGAGGAGCGCAAUCCGACAAUUGUCCACUUUCCCUCUAAAGGCUUGGAUCUAGCCGACUAUGCGGACGACGCUGGAGCCGGUGAGGCCAGCUUGGCUACUCUGUACGACCUAGUGGCGAAUGUAACGCACGAGGCUGCCCCGGGAACAGUGAGGGAGCAGAGCGUAUGGCGUGCCCAGGUACACACGGCAGCUGGCACCUCUGACGCUCAAGCCAGCAAUGGUAACGAUGCUGUUCAAGAGCAAGGAGUGGAAGGUGGAGAGCGAUGGUUUCAAAUGCAGGAUCUUUUCGUUGAAGAAGUCAAUCGUCAGAUGCUCUUCUUGCAGGAGACGUACCUGCAGAUCUGGAGGAGGAGAGGGGCAAAGACGGAUGAUAGGGUCGAGGAGGUUGUUAGGAGGCAUAAUGCUGCCGUUGCGGAGAAGGAGAGGGAGAAGGCGAAACAGAAGGCGAUAGUGAAGUGAGGGAGAAGGGCAGGCGAGAAGAAUGAAAUGAAAUGGCUGGAUUGUAGU